AUCCUCUGUCUCCGCCGUGUGGCAGGCAGGAAAUCGCUCCCGGUGGAUGAAGUCUAAACAAACAGGAGCCACUGUCACUGCUGUCCAACAUGGCGACCAGAUGGGGAAUCUGUAGUGCUGGAAAGAUCAGCCAUGACUUUGUAGUAGCCCUGAAAACACUUCCUCCUGAGGACCACCAGAUUGUGGCAGUGGCAGCACGCAGCUUACAGCGUGCACAAGACUUUGCUAAAAAGCACAGCAUCCCCCGGGCAUAUGGCAGCUAUGACGAGCUGUCCAGAGACCCAGAUGUAGAGGUGGUGUAUGUUGGUGUGAUCCACCCCUACCAUCUGAGUGCCAGCGUGCUCUUUAUGAACGCCAAGAAGAACGUGCUGUGUGAGAAACCCCUGGCCAUGAACUCCAGAGAGGUGCAGGAAAUGGUGGCCUCCGCCAAGAUGAACAACGUUUUUUUUAUGGAGGCUGUAUGGACUCGAUUCUUCCCAGCAUCUUUGGAGAUCAAACGGCUGCUAGCUGAAGGGGAGCUGGGUGAGGUUAAGAUGGUGAGGGCAGACUUUGCACUGCCAUUGAUGAACGUACAGAGAGCAGUGGAGAAGGAGCUGGGUGGAGGGGCUUUGCUGGAUAUUGGCGUUUACUGCCUGCAGUUCAUACUCAUGGUUUACGGCGGAGAGAGGCCAGAGUACAUCCACGCCACUGGCGUUCUCCUGGACACAGGAGUAGAUGAAGGCAUGGUUGUGACUCUGAAGUUCUCCGGGAACAGAAUGGCGGUGUUCACCUGCAAUUUGGCUGUAGAGAUGCCAAACGAUGCUGUGAUUGUGGGCACUAAGGGCUCCAUCAAGAUCCCUGCCCAUAUGUGGUCCCCGACAUCUUUAGUGGUGAAUGGGAAGGAAACCCAUUACCCAGUUCCAGAGCCCUAUUUACCCCUCAAUUUCACGAACAGCACAGGUUUGCGUUAUGAAGCUGAGGAGGUUCGGCAGUGUUUGCUCAAAGGGUUGAAGGAGAGCCCAGGUAUGACACAUGCAGACUCUCUUCUCCUGGCUGAGGUGGAGGAUGAGGCUCGUAGGCAGGUGGGGGUGGUGUACAAGCAGGACCUACAAUAAAUAUUACAUAUGCACAGAUUCUCUUCCAUCGUUGAAUAAAACAGGUUCAUCCUGGGA